AUAACCACUAACCCUACCUUCUUCCUUUUUCUCUACUCUUUACGUUCCUCUCUUAUUCUAUAUAUUCAUUUUUGUGACCAAAAAAGAUAGUGUGCACUUGCAUUAGUCGUUUUCUUCAACCUAAAUAUCCUACAAUAAAUCUAUGUCUUAACUUGUUUAGACCCAAAUCCAAUUCAAACCCUUCCAAGAUUUGCUUCCUUCUUAACCUACAUAGCUAACCGUUGCUUUAUAUAAAUACACACACAGGCAGGAAAACACUCAUUCGUGUGAAAAGUUAACACAAAAUGGGGGUGGAAGGCACCUUGGAGUACAUCUCCGAUUUGCUUAGCAGCAUGAAGAAGAAAAAGAAGAAGAAGCAAACUCAAACUGUAGCUCUCAAAAUCAGGAUGGAUUGUGAAGGUUGUGCCCGUAAGGUCAAGAAAGUUCUCUCCGGAGUUAAGGGGGCUAAGUCUGUGGACGUGGACUUGAAGCAGCAAAAGGCGACGGUGACGGGUUACGUAGAGCCAAAAAAAGUACUGGCGGCAGCCCAGACGACCAAGAAGAAGGUGGAGCUGUGGCCUUAUGUGCCAUACACGCUGGUGGCGAAUCCUUACGUGGCUCAAGCUUAUGAUAAGAAGGCACCACCCAAUCAUGUCAGGAAGGUUCCCGACACUGCCAACAUCACUGAGACCACCGUCGACGACCGCUACUCCAACAUGUUCAGUGAUGAAAACCCUAAUGCCUGCUCCAUCAUGUAAAUAUGAAUCAAAUUAAUACUAAGAGAAUUAAUGUAAAGUUUCCAUGUGAAAUAUAAUAUUACUGGGUUAAAAUAUAA